CUUUUUGACAUCUUUCAUAUUGCUUUACACUUAUGUUGAUACAGAAGGUGGCAUUUAAACAGAUUAAAUUAUUACCAAAAGACAUUAAAUUUCGUUCGGCAUCGUCUGCCAAUAGCCCCGAUUCUAAGUCAGGCCCUUUUUUUUUGGAUCCACUUCCCUACCCCAAGUCUGCAUUAUGCCCUCAUAUUAGUGAGGAAACACUUGAAUACCACUAUGGCAAGCAUCAUGCAAAUUAUGUGUCAAAGCUCAACUCUCUUAUAAAAGGAACCGAACUUGAAAAAAAGAGUUUGGUCGAAUUGAUCACAACUCAGAAAGGAGGUGUCUACAACAAUGCAGCACAGGCAUGGAACCACUCUUUCUAUUGGAAUAGCAUGUCUCCACAAGGAGGAGGGGAUCCAAAAGGCCCACUCUCUCAGUGUAUUAGCAAAUGCUUCGGUAGCUUCGACGAGUUCAAGAAAAAAUUCGAUGAUGAAUCGCUGAAUCACUUCGGAUCUGGGUGGACAUGGCUGGUGAGGAAUGAAGCCGGAGAAUUGAAGAUCAUGACAACCCACGAUGCUGGCAACCCAAUUUGCAAUGGAUACACCCCUAUAUUAACUUGUGAUUUAUGGGAGCACGCAUACUACAUCGAUCAUCGCAAUGCACGUCCAAAAUAUAUGGAAAACUGGUGGAAAUUGGUUAACUGGAAAUUUGCUGGAAGAAACUUUGAAAAAAGUAAUUGAGAGUCAAGAAAAAUUCCCUUUAUAGCAGAGCUGAAUUGAGUUCGUAGUAAAAAAGAAGUUAUAUCAUUCUGUGA